AUGGAAGCACAUGCACUUACUGUUCGUUUGACACAUGAUGUUUCAUUUCCAUAUAUGGUUUUAUUGGCUAGUGGUGGUCAUUGUAUUUUGGGUAUUGUAGAAGAUGUUGAUAAAUUUUAUCGACUUGGUGAAACGAAAGAUAUUGCACCUGGAGAAGCAUUUGAUAAAAGUGCACGUGCAAUGAAACUAGAACAACAUUCACUUGUUCAAGAUAUGGCAGGAGGAGCAGCUAUUGGAUAUUUAGCUCGUGAUGGUGAUGAAAAACGAUAUCAAUUAAUAACAUCUAAAUAUUCAGCUAAAAUGAAAGAUUGUUCAUUCAGUUUUGGUGGUAUGUUGUCACAUAUUAAUCGAAUCAUUGAUAAGGAAGAUAUUUAUUGUGGCUCAUCAAAUAUCGAUGAACAAAAACUGAAAGAUUUUGCUGCAUGUAUUCAAUCAAGUAUUGUUAGACAUAUAGAAACACGUGUACAUCGAGCAAUAUUAUUCUGUGAUGCUGUUCAAAAACCACAAUGGAAACGAACACUUGUACUUUCUGGUGGUGUAUCAAGUAAUUUAUAUCUUCGGCAACGUAUCAGUGAACUUUGUGCACAUUAUGGAGUUGAACUUGUGUGUCCACCACCACAGUUAUGUACUGACAAUGGUGUUAUGAUUGCUUGGAAUGGUAUUGAACGAUAUCGACAGAAUCUAAACGUAUUAACAAAAAUGCCUGAUACUCUUGUUCCCGAAGGUCGAUCACCGUUGGGUCCAGAUAUUAGUGAACAAGUACAAGCUUGUAAUCUCGAUGUACCAUUUGAUUGGAAAAAUAUUCUUGUAAAAAAAAUAUAG